GGUGAUGAAAUAACGCGACAACCAGGCCAUCCAUCUCCUGUCUGUGACAUGAAUUUUGAUUGCUCCGAUAAAAGUGACGAGAAAGGUUGUGAAUGUCGUGCGUAUAGCAUGCGGUGUUCAGAGACGGGAUAUUGUAUACACAAUUACAAACUCUGUGAUGGCAACGACGACUGUGGAGACGGUUCAGACGAAAACAAUUGUGUUUGCAGAGAAGACCAGUUUCGUUGUGAUAAUGGAAUAUGUAUGGCGUUGUCAUGGAAAUGUGAUGGUUAUGACGACUGUGGGGACAAUUCUGACGAACAAUCAUGUGAAGAAAAGUGACGUUUUACUUGUCAAAAAAGUCAUUAAUAUUGGCCUCCUUAAACACCAAUACACACGUAAUAAAUAGUAUGAAUAAAAAGGAGUAUCAUUACAAAUACUA